AUGAGCUGUGGCUCCAAGCAGCCCCUGAAGAGCUGCCUGCGAGGGAGCAGUGGUGGCGGUGCCAGCGGUGGGGGCGGUGGAGGGGGCAGCAUGCAAUCCUCGGCCUCCUCCAGAGGAACCUCUUCCAGGACCAGUGGUGGUGGCAGGUUUUCUGGCAGCAGUUGUGGCGGAGGAAGCUCCCGGAGCAGCUAUGGUGGUGGUGGUGGUUACGGAACGGUCAGGCGCGGCAGCUACGGAGGAGGAAUGAGCAGUGUCAGCUGUGGAGGAGGAAUGGGUGGUGGAUAUUACGGAGGGGGAAUGUGCCGUGGCAGCAUGGGAACAGGGUUCAGGUCAGGGGGUAGUGGCUUUGGAGGUGGCUAUGGAGGGAGCUUUGGUGGUGGAGGUGCUGGUUUCAGCUUUGGUGGUGGAAUUCUCUCCAAUGAUGAGAAGUUGACCAUGCAGAGCCUCAAUGAGCGUUUGGCUUCCUACAUGGACACAGUCAGGAAUCUGGAAAAGGAAAAUGCUCAGCUGGAACAGUUAAUCAGGGAGUGGUAUCAGAAACAAGGUCCCACGGGCCCAAAGGACUACAGCCACUACUAUGGACAAAUUGAAGAACUCCAAAACCAGAUUGUGGCUGCGGCUGUGGAAACCAACAAGGUACUCCUGGACCUGGAUAACACAAAGAUGACUGCAGAAGACUUUAGGAUAAAGUACGAGAUGGAGCUUGGGUUCCGGCAGAACGUGGAGUCUGACCUCAACAGCCUCCGGCCCUUGCUGGAUAACCUCACCCUGCACAAGUCCGACCUGGAAAUGCAGUUUGAGUCUCUAAAGGAGGAGAUCAUCGACCUCAAGAAGAACCAUGAGGAGGAAAUGAAGAUGCUGCAAUCCCAGUCUGGUGGGGAUGUGAAUGUGAAGAUGAAUGCUGCCCCAGGAGAGGACCUGCUGAAGAAAUUGAAUGAGAUGAGACAAGAAUAUGAAGCUAUAAUUCAGAAAAACCGUGCAGAGGUUGAAAAGUGGUAUGAAAGCAAGAUGGAGGAGGUGAGUCAACAAGUGCACUUGAGUGGGCAGGAAGUGGAAUCAAGCAACCAGCAGAUCUCUGUGCUGAGACGUGAAUUUCAGAGCCUGGAAAUCGAGCUGCAGUCGCAGAUCAGCAUGGUAGACUCUCUGCAAUCCAACCUGGAGGACACGGAACGUCGCUACAACAUGCAGCUGCAGCAGAUCCAGAGCAUGAUUGGCCCCUUGGAGGAGGAGCUGGCCAGCAUCCGCUGCGAGAUGGAGAGCCAGAACCAGGAGUACAAGAUGCUGCUGGGCAUCAAGAGCCGCCUGGAGCAGGAGAUCCAGCAGUACCGGGCACUGCUGCAGGAGGGACACCAUGGCAUGAGCACCUCAGAGGGAGGAGCUGGUGGCUCUUCAGGAGGAGGUCAUGGAGGUGGACAUGGAGGUCAUGGAGGAAGUAGUGGAGGAGGAAGCAGUUGGUCCUCAGGUGGAGGAAGCAGUGGAGGAAAAAGUGGAGGAUCCUAUGGAAGAUCUUCCUCUUCUGAAAGUGGAGGAGGAGGAAGUGGAGGAAGAACAGGAGGUGGAACCUGUGGUAAAGCUUCAGGUGGAGGAGGUGGCAGUGGUGGAGGAGGAGGAGGCAAAUCCUGCCUCUCCCGCUCUUCAUCUUCCCAGUCCCAGCCUGGAGACUCCUCUGAAAGCCCUGUGGAUCCAGGAGGUGCUGGAAACAUGAAGCUCUGCCUGGAGGGGAACAAAACAUUGGAGAGAGGAGCAACCAUGGAGGAAGUGUCUGAAGCCAUAAAACACAUGAGACUGGGGAGUUUCAGGAGGUCUGAGGAGUGA